AUGUCGGUGCCGUACGAGAAGAAGACGUUCCCCCCGCUGAGGGGCCUGCACAUCCGCCCCAUGAACGACUCGCGCCUGUGCGAGCGUAUCAAGGUGCUGGACGACUACUGCUUCCCUGUGAAGUACACAGAGAGCUACUACAACGACUACGUCCGCAACAGCUUUCACGAGUUCAACCAGCUCGCCUUCUACCACGACAUCCUUGUCGGCUCCAUCACGUGCCGCCUAGAGAAAACGGCCACGGACAGCGAUUACGUCCUCUACAUCAUGACCAUUGGAGUUCUGGAGGCGUACCGCCAUCUGCGCAUCGGCUCCCGGCUGCUGCAGACGGUUUUGUCGGCCGUGUACAACGACACCCGCAACCGCAUCGUGGCGGUCACGCUGCACGUUCAGGUCGGAUCGCCAGCGCUGGAGUUCUACCGCCAGUUCAACUUCGAGGAGGUGCAGCUGGUGGAGAACUACUACACUGACCUCGACGAGUGCAACGCCAUUCUGCUCCGCCGCGUCGUGCCGCAGCCGCACUUUGAGCAUCACAAGAAACUCAAGUAA